GAUCUAUUAUUAUUACUCUGUAUGACACUAAUCUUUAGUUACUGCUACUGUUUGUUGUGUGCAGGAUAUUCGUUUCAUCUCCUGUCUUCCUUCUGUAUGCUAUAUAAACCUGAGCAUGUUGGCACAAUAAAUAAAGUGGUAUCUUAUAGCUAUGAAUAAAAUGUUAAAAUAGGUAGCUAAACUAAACUGUUGAAAUAGUAGUUAGCUAAAAGUAAUGGAUAAAUAGUCCGAAUAGAAGAACCAGUGAGAGCAGACCUAACUCAUAGCAGAGCUGCACUCUGUGAAUAAUGACGCUGUCUCCCUGCCUGCAGAUACAGACUAUGGAAACUGUUUAGCAUAUUACAGUAAUCAAGUCAGCCAAACCAGGCAGCGGUGUUGCAUUUUUUUCCUGUGGGUGGCUUCUGAGAUGCUAAAUCAAAUAUAAAGUAAUGGAAAGAAGGCAUUGGGGAAGGUGUUUCAUGUUGUAAUGAGCAUGAAUUGGAUAAAAACAUUUGUUUCAUUUUACCACUGCUGGUUAUGGAAAGCUCUGAACAAUGACAGGCAGGUUAGUAAUACUGCUCUCAGGCAACAAAGUCCUUCCUGUCACUGGUAAUUUCAAUACAAAUGCAGUAAUAAUACAGUAUAAAAUGUGCAAAAUACAUAAAAUUAUUUUAUGAUGGGCCUGAUUUGCUCUUUUCAUUUUUUGUUUAACUAAUUUUCCUUUAACACCAACUUGAAGAACUUCACAAUUUGUGUUUUUAGCUUUGUUUGUUCUUUAAACUAUUAUAGCAACCAGUAGUAGAUUUUGCAUGGACACUACAGAAAAGUCACAAAAACUACAGCAACAAAGAUCCAGUACUGGCACACAAUAAAUCUCAAUAUGAAGCAUGCAAGAGUAGGCCUAUUUACUUAUACAUGAUGAUAUAUGAAUAAUAUAAAGCAGUAACAGGGGGUAUAAAGCAGCAUUAAGUGAUUAAAAACAAAGUGAUGACACCCAGGAAACUGCAUGUUAGAACAUCGCAGUGAUAUUUCUUACAUUAUAGGACGCCCAGAGACUUUUUCCUCAUCAAUGACCGUCACAACCUUCCUCCAGCCCAGCACACACACACGUAUCAGGCAGUGGACACACUUUCGCCAGGCUAACCCCGCCUCUGGUAAAUGCUGGGGCGCUCCAUGUGACGCUGGGGCUGUAACAAAAAUCCAGUAUGGCGGAAUCUGUCAGCAGAUGAAUUUUUUUCCGUCCCCCUCCUCCUGCACUGAGAAAAAGCCCAGAGUCUGACAUGGGAGAGGACUGAGAGCCGUGCGGGACACAUGUUGGGACGACUGGCCUCCUCCUGGCCCGUGUAGGUUGGUACCAGUGCUAGACUUCUGAUUGGAGUAGCCAACUCACAAACCUCAUGGGGAUUGGCUGCUGCUGCUGGACGUCUGCUUCCUGUUUCCAGUCUUGAGGGAUUCUCGAGGGACCGUCCUGAGUGUUGGAUCAGCCUGAACACACACACACCCACGCACACACACACUCCACUGUUUUGGCAGGAUACCGGCUUCUCGAUUGCCACCCUGUAAAUCACAUCUGCGCUUGCACAAGCACACACAUCUAUUCUGCACAACACACACUGAGCCGGGUGCUCGCCUGACAUACUGCGUGACACCCACUUGCCCAGCCUGGCAGCCAUGACAUCACACAGCCACCAGGAGGGGAUCCUGGGAAAGGAGCAGCCGCUGGAGCUUCUGAAGACAUCAGCGCUCAACCACAUCCCAACAGUGGACAUCAACUCAGCACUGCCUUUACGUCUCCCUCCAACCGCCAUUCCCAUGGACUUGAGCGUGGACCAUCACCAGCAAGAGCAGCAGCAGCAGGUGUCCUCGCUCUCCCCGCCUGGACAGCAGUCACCCGGCUCCCUCGGAGGAACAGGCCAGGCUGGCGGGGUCGUGGUGGCGGCCUCGAUGCGUGAGCAGCAGCUGCAGCAAGAGCUGCUGGCCCUGAAGCAGAAGCAGCAGAUCCAGAGGCAGAUCCUCAUUGCUGAGUUCCAGCGACAGCACGAGCAGCUGUCCCGCCAGCACGAGGCCCAGCUGCAGGAACACAUUAAGCAGCAACAGGAGCUCCUGGCACUGAAGCAUCAGCAGGAGCUGCUGGAGCACCAGAGGAAGAUGGAGAACCACCGUCUGGAGCAGGAGCUGGAGAAGCAGCAGAGAGAGCAGAAGCUGCAGCUGCUGAAGAACAAGGAAAGGGGACAAGAGAGUGCUGUGGCUAGUACUGAGGUGAAAAUGCGUCUCCAGGAGUUUGUCCUGAACAAGAAGAAGGCCCUGGCCCAGCGGAGCCUCAACCAGGGAGGGGUCCCCAACGAUGCUCCCUACUGGUACCGCAAAACCCAGCACAGCUCUCUGGACCAGAGCUCGCCUCCACAGACUGGUGUGUCCACCUACAACCACCCUGUGCUGGGCGUCUACAACCCCCGGGAUGACUUCCCACUGCGAAAGACUGCCUCGGAGCCCAACCUGAAGCUGCGCUCCAGGCUGAAGCAGAAGGUGAGCGAGCGGAGGAGCAGCCCGCUGCUACGUCGCCGAGACAGCCCCAUCACCACCGCCAAGAAACGCUCACUGGACAUGGCAGACUCCGCGUGCAGCAGCGCCCCCGGCUCAGGCCCAAGCUCCCCAAAUAACAGCUCCAACAACAUCCCCAAUGAGAACGGCAUCACUGUGUCAGUCUCCAAUAACACAGAGGUGUCUCUGGCCCAGAGGCUAUGCAGCGGGGCCGAGCGGGGCUCUGUUAACCAGCUGUCCCUCUACACUUCACCAUCCUUACCCAACAUCACCCUGGGGCUGCCUGCCACUGCCACUGCUGCUUCCAGUGUGACCUCGGCCCAGCAGGACGGAGGUCUGCAGCCUGCCCUCUCCCUCAGCCCUCCCUUCCUGUCUGGCGGCCACUUGACCCCCUACCUGGCUGAGGCUGCAGCGGGAACAGGCGGACACGGUGCACACAGUCCCCUGCUCCAACACAUGGUGCUCAUGGAGCAGUGCCCGGCACAGAGCCCCCUAGUGACAGGUGUAAGCGGCCUGUCCAUGUCAUCGGCAGCGUCCAUGGCUAAGCUGCAGCGGCAGCAUCGGCCCUUGGGGAGGACCCAGUCAGCCCCACUACCCCAGGGGAGCGCCGCCCAGGCUCAUGCCCAGGCCCUGGCCUUGCAGCAGCUGGUGGUCCAACAGCAGCACCAGCAGUUUCUGGAGAAGCACAAGCAGCAGUUCCAGCAGCAACAGCUCCACCUCAAUAAGAUGAUAGCCAAGCCCAGCGAGUCACCCGUGGGCCGUCAGCACCAGAGCCACCCCGAGGAGACAGAGGAGGAGCUGAGGGAGCACCAGGAUGGCACCGCUCUGCCGCCAGGGGUCACCAUCAAGCAGGAGCCCCCCGACCCGCAGGAGCUGCAGGAGGAUGUGCUGCAGCAGCACAGGGAGAGGGAGCGAGAGAGGCAGGCGGAGCAGGAGCUACUCUUCAGACAGCAGGCCUUGUUGUUGGAGCAGCAGCGGAUUCACCAGCUGAGAAACUAUCAGGCCUCGAUGGAAGCUGCUGGCUUGUCAGUCUCCUUCCCAGGACACCGGCCCCUGUCCAGGGCCCAGUCAUCUCCAGCCUCUGCUUCCUCUUUUCCAUUGAGUGUUCCAGCCCCGGAUCCUCCUGUCAAACCUCGAUUCACCACAGGCCUGGUGUACGACUCUCUCAUGCAGAAGCACCAGUGUAUGUGUGGAAACACCAACAGCCACCCAGAGCACGCAGGGCGGAUUCAGAGCAUUUGGUCUCGGCUGCAGGAGACCGGACUCAGAGCGCAGUGCGAGUGUAUCCGUGGGAGGAAGGCCACUCUGGAAGAGCUGCAGACGGUUCACUCUGAAGCCCACGUCCUGCUGUAUGGAACCAAUCCUCUCCGACAGAAACUUGAUUGUUCAAUCACUCCCAUGUUUGUACGGCUGCCGUGUGGAGGAGUGGGGGUGGACAGCGACACCAUUUGGAACGAGGUCCACUCCUCAAGCGCCGCUCGUCUCGCUGUCGGCUCUGUGGUGGAGCUCGUUUUCAAAGUGGCUAUUGGAGAGCUAAAGAAUGGCUUUGCUGUGGUCCGCCCUCCUGGACACCAUGCGGAGGAGAGCACUCCCAUGGGUUUCUGCUAUUUCAACUCUGUGGCCAUCGCUGCCAAGCUGCUGCAGCAGAGACUCAACAUCAACAAGAUCCUCAUUGUGGACUGGGACGUUCACCAUGGCAACGGCACCCAGCAAGCCUUCUACGAUGACCCCAGUGUCCUUUACCUGUCUAUUCAUCGCUAUGACGAUGGCAACUUCUUCCCUGGAAGUGGGGCACCUGAUGAGGUGGGCAGCGGUCCUGGUGUCGGGUUCAACGUUAAUGUUGCCUUCACUGGAGGCCUCGAUCCACCCAUGGGAGAUGUAGAGUACCUGGCUGCCUUCAGGUCAGUGGUGAUGCCCAUAGCCAAUGAGUUUGCUCCCGACAUUGUGCUGGUUUCUUCGGGCUUCGACGCUGUGGAGGGACACCCUCCACCGCUGGGUGGCUACACUCUGACGUCCAAAUGUUUUGGCUAUUUGACCAGGCAGCUGAUGACCCUCGUUGGGGGCCGGGUGGUCCUGGCUCUGGAGGGGGGUCACGACCUCACCGCCAUCUGUGACGCCUCCGAGGCCUGUGUGGCCGCCCUGCUAGGCCAGGAGCUGGACCCACUGCCAAAGGCCGUCCUCGAGCAGAGGCCCAACCCCAACGCUGUUCGCUCUCUGGAGAAAGUCUUAGAGACUCACAGUAAGUACUGGCGCUCGGUGCAUCGCUACUCACCACGGCUGGGACUUUCCCUGCUGGAGGCCAAACGAGGAGACUCGGAGGAGGCUGAGGCCGUCAAUGCCAUGGCCUCUCUGUCCGUGGCCAACACAAACACCAUGGAUCAAAGGCCAGAGGAGGAGCCGAUGGAAGAGGAGGAACCACUGUAACAGGGGGAAACACGAGGGUGUCACACUGUACCCUUUGACCUCUCUGGAGAACAUCUCUUUGAGCUGCAAAGAGUCUCGACUGACCCCUUCAUUUAGUCCCCAUAACCCCACUCACCACGUCAGUCACUUUGAUUGGCGGCCCCUCUGCCAAAACGAGGGAGAGGGGGUGGGCUCAGCCUCAGAGUAGGGAGCCAAUCAGGAGACAGAGGACUGAAUUGGAAAAAAAAAUUAAACACAGCAGCGUUGCUUUGGCAGCACUCGCUCAGAGACACUCAUUUUUUCUGUCAGUCUUCGCCCCCCCAUGUUAGCCCACAACAGUCACCAAGUGACUGCAGCAGCGGGCAAGUGUAUUUGGAGCGGGGGCAAGAAAGGUGUGAUAACACUUAACAUACAUAACGGUGCUUUACACAGCUGCUCACGGACACCAGGGACAGCGACGUCCCCAGCUGUCAGACGCAGCUCGGCGUUUUCUUUCUCUUUUCUCACAUAUUUUCCCUGAAAAACAAGGGCAGUGCGGCAACUGAGAUCAUAUUUUAUAAGAUGCGUUCACUGUGGACUUUGGUUGGCCGAAGUUUGAGUAGGCCUGUACAAAGAUGUGACGGUGAGACUGUCACCUCGCUGGAGCAACCUGUCGUUGAAGGUUGAUGAGUGAGAGGAGUGCCUUGGUGAGGGUCUGCUGGAUUUCAGGAUUGUUCAGGAAAAGAUUGCCUUAAGUUAAAAGAAUUUUCUCACUGAGAAAUUGGUGCGAGGGAGGGAGACGGAGAGUUUCAAGUCCUUUCGGGGACAACAAAAAUAAAGCAAACAAUCUUUCAGCAUGUUUACUUGGAUCGUGAUGAAGACAUCGUUUACGUCUCUCGCAGCCUCUCUUGAAGAGUUACUUUACUUUUGGAUGGAUCUAUUUUUCUGUAAAAAUGAAAACGCUUUGUAAAGGUAGUUGCCAGCUUCAGUAGAAAAAGGUGCAAACAUGAAACCUUCAAACAAGGAAAUCGGAAUAAAAACUCAAAGGUUUAGCCUUUUAUGUAGCUUCCCUUUAACCGAAGUCAUUGCUCUGUAACACACGUGAUGAAGCAUGCGUCUGAGCAGAGACCAGACAUUUUUGCUAGAGUUUUGAAUGUUAUCCAAAAGAGAAAGCCAAGCAAGAAGCCAAAGCAUGAGUUUGCAUAUACAGUUGUAGUUUGACUCCACUUAGCUGGCAAGUCGACAUAUUAGCCCUUUCAUAUAAGGCUCCCAGUACUUGGUUUAAUGUUUACUAAUGUAAUCCUUCACCAGUGAGCGGCUCUUUACAUGUGCUGAUCCGGUUGGCAACUACCUUGGUUACUAGUGCGAGCUGAACAUUAGUCAUGUAUAUUGAAUUGAAUAUAUUUUGAGAGGCAGUAGUUGAGUAUUGCCCAGUGGUAUCUUCAUGUAUGAUUUCCACAUCAAGUUGUCAAUUUAUGAUAUUGACAGUGUGUUUGGUCAGUGUGUCCACUUUUCAUUUUGAAUUGUAUAAGAUUAUUUUUCUAACUUUUUUCAUCCAUAGAUUUUGUUCAGUUUUUAUCCGUUUUCUGGAUAGUUAUAGGGCUGCCAAUCACAUACUUACUGUCACUUCUUGUUCAGAACUUUUUCUUUCUUAUAUUUAUCAAAACUAAGGAUCAACACUUUCUUUCUUUCUUUCUUUCUGCAGCUCUCUAGGCCUGUCUGCAUUUUCAUCAGCUAUGUAUUUAUAACGUAUUGUUUAUAGGAGAUUUGUAUAUGGGAAAUUUAUAAAUGUACUCUAACUAAUGACAGCUAUGAUAUUGUGAGCGAAAAGCAGUAUGGUGUAUGAUAUUACUCCAUAAACUUAAAAAAGCUGCAUAUUUAACUUGUCAUCGACUGCACUGUUUCCAAGUUGCCCUCGAGUAAAACAUUACACAGCACUGAGACUGACUUUUGAACACCGGAGUAAAUCAUUUGGUCACUUGGUUGCCUAAUCGAUACAUUUUCCUCUUGUGCACGGGUGAGAUGCACUUAACUUUCGACUGUGACAACAUCACACAUCCACAGACAAGAGGUUUAGGGGCCGUCUUAUGUAGCUAGCCGAGUUUUCUUUGGCAGGAAAAGAAAAGAAGGGGACACAGAUAUCAAGGAAGUGGGAUUUUUGGAUGGGAAACAUCAGCCAAUUAUUUUACAAGUCUCUUUCUGAGCAUGUAUUGCACUAUCACGUUUGACUGUCCAUAACAUCAGCGUCUCCUUCCUCCCUCUUCCUGCUUGAAUUCAGCUGACCAGACACUACUAUUAGAGUCAAAUUCAUGCCCAUCUGUCAACUGCUUUGUUAAACUCCUGAUGACUAUCAUGUCGACUUGUCAUUGAUUUCAUUUGAAAAAAAACUUUAAAUUUGGGAUUAAGUUUUUAUUUUUUCAUGUCUAACAAAACAUUCCACUUGUUACUCCUUUAAUUUGGCUUAACAUGUUUUUAAAGAUGAAGUUGAGGUUUUUUUUGUAGAAACUUUUAAUACUAUUUCUUUUUUGCAGUCUGCUCGCGCCAACUUUAACUCUUUGCAUGGUUUGUGAGUCAGCAUGCCUGCUUGUCUAUGUAACAAAAAUGUAUUUGCACAAUAGAAGAAGAACACUGGAGGACCUAAAAAACAAAACCUCCCACAGCAACUCCCCAAGAGCACCAGGUGGGAUGGUUUUCUUCCUCUCUGGUGUGCAAACAAUUCAAAAGACACUGAGAAACAUUUGAUAUUGUUCUUAUUGAAUAUUGUUUCCAAUAAGUGAUUUUAACAACAGCACUUACAACGUGUGUGGACUGUGUUUAAGAGAAACCUGCUCUGCCAAACCUCUGCUACAUUCACACCUUAAACGACUCUCCCAAAGAAUGUUCCUCUUUCAAAGAUUUCUAAACGGGCACUGUUAAGGCAGAGAAGUGACGGAUAUCGGUUGAGAAAAGUUUGGAGAAAAGGGCAUCGUCCUUUGAUUGUCACACCCACCUCGGCCAGUUCUAUAUAUAUAACCACUGUGGCUCAAGAGCAAUUCUUGGUUUACAUGUAAAUGGAUAAAAAAUGCUAUUUUUGUUUGUUGUUUGUCUCUCUUGAUGGAAAAAAAAUGUUAUCUUUCUUUGGGACCUACGCUUUGGACAUUUCAUCUCUGACAUCUAUAAAAUAUAUUUCUGAAAAAUACAAGCAAAUGUGGUUGUAUUUUUGCAUGAAAUUACUUAAAAGCUGGAUUGUUUUCAAUAAAAAGGUCAGGAUUGG